AUGGAGAGCACAAGAGUGUUCGUGGGUGGUCUCCCACCAACAUGCUCCAAUGAUCAGCUUAAGAAACAUUUCGAAACUCGCUUCCAAGUCACCGAUGCUCAUGUUCUACCUAAACGUAGGAUGGGGUUCGUCGGCUUCAAGAGCCAUGACGCAGCUCAGCAAGCUGUGAAGCACUUCAACAAGACGUACAUGAAGAUGUCGAAGAUCGCUGUAGACAUCGCUCGUCCGGUUGAUUCAAAUGACGCUAAGGAUGCUCACCCCACAAGAAGAUGUGAUACCACGAAUGAUAAUGAUGCAUCAUUGGAUAACAACCUCAAGCGCAAGAGGGACGGCGAGAACAAAUCAGAGGACCCUAAGCUACAAGAGUACCUUUCCUUAAUGGGAGCGUCAUCAAAAACUCGGACAUGGGCCAAUGAUGAUGAAAUGAUCAAGCCGUCUGUGGACACUGUUCCUGUCAUUAACCCAACCGCGCAGAAAGAAGAAAUACAGGAGUUGCCUUCACAUUGGAAAAAGGCGAAGACAGAAAAGCCACUCUCGGUUGUAGACACCGAGCAGCCUGAGCCUAUGGUCAUUGACAAGCAUGAGGGAGAGGAAGCUCUGGAAGCACCUGAACAUGAUAACUCCGCGGAGCGUGAAGUUGAAGAGACUGCGCGGGUUUCCGAUGCAGAUUGGCUACGGUCAAAGACGAGUCGUCUGUUGGGCCUUCUCGACGAGGAAGAGCAAGAUGAGUUUGAUCAACACAAAGCCGCCGCAUCGACUACUUUGCCGACCAAAACUGCCUCACCACCUGUCUCGUCUCGCGCUGAGUCGCCGCAGCGCGACGAGGAAUCGCGCACUGCGGCCAUUGACAAAAUUGUGCCCAACACGACUGACGUUGACAGCGUUACCGAGGCAAUGCCGGAAGAUCCGAAUGUCGAUCUUAUUCGGAACUCUGCCCGUUUGUUCCUAAGAAAUCUUGCAUACGACACAACAGAAUCAGAUCUCCAACCAAUUUUCGAACGGUUCGGAAAUAUUGAAGAGAUUCAUAUCGCUUUUGACACCCGCUCCACAACAAGCAAAGGCUUUGCUUAUGUGCAAUACUCCCUUGCUGAUGCAGCCAUCGAUGCUUACCGGAAUCUUGAUGGAAAGCAUUUCCAAGGUCGUCUACUCCACAUCUUGCCUGCUUCUGCGAAGAAGACAUACAAGAUUGACGAGUACGAACUGUCAAAGCUUCCUCUCAAAAAGCAAAGAGAGAUCAAGCGGAAACAAAAUGCCUCUGGGUCCUCAUUCAGCUGGAACUCCCUGUACAUGAACGCCGAUGCUGUGAUGUCAUCAGUGGCUGGAAGGCUUGGAGUCUCCAAAUCUGAAUUACUUGAUCCUACCUCUUCUGAUGCCGCUGUCAAGCAAGCACAUGCUGAAACGCACGUGAUUCAAGAGACGAAAGCUUACUUUGCCUCAAAUGGGGUAAAUAUUGAUGCUUUCAAGGAGCGAGAACGUGGGAAUACGGCUAUAUUGGUCAAGAACUUCUCAUACGGUGUCACAUCGGCGGAGCUCAGGGGUCUGUUCGACCCGUAUGGCAAGAUCAUCCGCCUCCUGAUGCCACCAAGUGGCACCAUUGCUAUCGUGGAGUUUGCGCAACCUGACGAGGCCCAAAAGGCUUUCAAGGGCUUGGCGUACCGCAAGAUGGGUGAUUCCAUCUUGUUCCUGGAGAAGGCGCCGAAGAAUCUGUUUGAUGGAUCUGCAGUCCCACGAGCACUUGCUCCAGAGACUAGGGGCAAGGAUCAAGGAUUCUCGACUGCAGACACAUUUGCCGCAGAUGAGCCUGAUGACAGUGUAGCGACAACUACACUCUUCGUGAAAAAUCUCAACUUCUCAACUACCAACGAGAAGUUCUUGGAAGUCUUCCGAUCUCUAGAUGGCUUUAUUACCGGUCGCAUCAAGACCAAACCCGAUCCCAAGCGACCAGGGCAGACCCUCAGCAUGGGAUUCGCCUUUGCAGAUUUCAAAACCAAGGCUCAAGCCCAGGCUGCUCUUUCUGCUAUGAACGGCUAUAAGUUGGAUCAGCACGAACUUCUCAUCCGCGCAUCCCAUAAAGGCAAGGACGCCGCCGAGGAGCGGAGACGUGAAGAUACUGCGAAGAAGGUUGCGGCACGCAGAACCAAAAUUAUUAUUAAGAACUUGCCGUUCCAGGCCACCAAGAAGGACAUCAGAUCUCUAUUUGGGGCUUACGGACAACUUCGGUCUGUGCGUGUUCCUCAGAAGUUCGAUCACACUGCUCGUGGCUUCGGUUUUGCAGACUUUGUAAGCGCUCGCGAAGCGGAAAAUGCCAUGGACGCGUUGAAAAACACGCAUCUCCUGGGGAGACGAUUGGUUUUGGAGUUCGUGAACGAGGAGGCCGUCGAUCCUGAGGAGGAACUCGCGCGCCUAGAGAAGAAGGUAGGAGAGCAGAUGGACAGGGUCAAACUUCAACAGCUCACUUCUGGCGCCGGGCGCAAGAAAUUCACUGUAGGAGGGCAGGAGGAAGAGUGA